AUGGAACUGGAGAUUCACGACGUUGAUGAUGAGGGAAACCGCGCCGACGGCACAGCCACCGUAAGCGACCUGGAAAAAGUGAGGACCCGUGCAUCGUCCAGGAGGUCGAGAGGCACCCGAGGCAGCCAUGGACUUGGCAGCGACGCCGAUGAGACGUACCCGGAAGGCGGCGCCCAGGCGUGGAUCGUCGUCCUGGGAUCGUGGUUCGCACUGCUGUCGUCGUUGGGCCUGAUGAACACCAUUGCCCUUUUCCAGGCCUAUGUGCUGGACCAUCAGCUCCGCGGGCACAGCGAGGGCACCGUCGGCUGGGUGUUCUCCAUCUAUACAUUCCUCGUCUUCUUCUGCGGCAUCUACAUCGGACCCGUGUUUGACAAGUAUGGCCCGCGAUGGCUCAUAGUGGCCGGAACCGCCUUCACCGUCGGCGGUGUCGUCUCUUUGAGUUUCUGCACGAAACUAUGGCAUUUCAUCCUCUCAUUCGGCGUCUUGUGUGGGAUAGGCUCGUCCCUGUUAUUCACCCCCAGCAUCGCCUCCCUGGGCCACUGGUUCAAGGCACGACGGGGACUGGCGACUGGGCUGGCCAGCACGGGCGGUGGUGUCGGCGGCGUCGUCUUCCCGCUGAUGCAGACGGCGCUGUUUGGCCGCGUGGGCUACAUGUGGACGACGCUGGUCCUGGCGCUCAUCUGCCUCGUGGGGUGCAUCGCCGGCCUGGCGCUGGUGCGGUCGCGGCUCCCGCCCUCGGUGGACGCUUCGACGCGCCCCGACUUUCGCAUCUUUCGGCAGAAGACGUUCCUCCUCACAACUCUGGGGCUCUUCACCCUCGAGUUCGCCCUGUUCGUGCCCCUGACCUUCAUCUCCACCUACGCCGUGCACCAGGGCUUCUCGCAGUCCUUCGCCUUCCACCUGAUACCCAUCCUCAACGCCGGCUCUAUCGUCGGCCGAGCCCUGCCCGGCUACUACGCCGACGUCAUCGGGCCCUUCAACACCUGUAUCGGCUCCAUCCUGCUCUCCAUCGUGUCCUGCCUGUGCGUCUGGCUGCCAUCCGGGUCCAGCCCCGCCGGGCUCAUCGUCUUCGCCGUCCUCUUCGGCUUCGCAUCGGGCAACGGCGUCUCCAUCUCCCCCGUGUGCAUCGGCAGGCUGUGCCACACCAACGAGUACGGUCGCUACUACGCCACAGCCUACACGAUCGUCUCUUUCGCGACCCUCAUCGGCAUUCCCAUCGCCGGAAACAUUGUCCAGGCAGACGGCGGCGAUUAUCAGGGCCUUAUAAUCUUCACCGGCGCCCUCUACGCCGUCUCUCUCUGCUUCUUCGUGUGGGCCAAGUGCUCUGCCCUGGGAUGGGCAAAGUGGGCAGUUGCCUACUAA